GUGCGCUGUGCUGUGUUGGUGGAACUUCGUACGAAUACGAAUACGAACACGAACAACAAGUCAGUCAGUUAGUCAGUCAGUCAGCAAUGUUUACACUCUGCCUGAGCUGGUCUAGUCGGAACGUACAUAGAGUGUAUUUAUUGAAUCGCUUAUAGCCAUAAGGAUGUUUUAUUGACAAACAAUUUUACCGAAAUCUAUGUUACUUAACCAGAUUUGCACCGAAGAAGUGAUAAUUUGUUACCAAUCCAAUCGUACAAUGAUGUCGCUAACCGAGGCAAAGUGAUAAUCGUGCUGUUUGUUGCUAGUUCUCUAUUUUGCGUCCAGUAAAUUAGUGCUAUUAGUCCAUACGGAAAACUGAGUCAUGGAGCGAAUUCUGCGUGGAGUGAUGCGAUACCGGUAUACCACCAGGGAGCAGAUGGUGAAGGAAUUUAAGCAAGUUCGAGACAAUCCACAGCCCAAAGCGGUAUUCUUCACCUGCAUGGACAGCCGGAUGAUUCCGACCCGGUACACGGAUACCCACGUGGGAGACAUGUUCGUGAUACGAAACGCCGGCAAUCUGGUGCCACAUGCAGAGCACUUCCAGGACGAGUACUUUAGCUGUGAACCGGCCGGCCUGGAGCUGGGAUGUGUCGUUAACAACAUCAAGCACAUCAUCGUGUGUGGUCACAGCGAUUGCAAAGCGAUGAACCUGCUCUAUCAGCUGAGGGAUCCGGAGUUUGCAUCCAGGAAAAACCGUCGAAUAUCGCCGCUGAGGGCGUGGCUUUGCGAGCACGCCAACACCAGUUUGGAAAAGUUUCAGAACCUGAAGCAGAUCGGACUGGAUAAACCGUUGAUAUUCUCGUCGGAAACGCCGCUGCGCAAGUUUGUCGCCUACAUCGACCCGGAAAAUCAGUUCGCACUGGAGGACAAGCUGUCGCAGGUGAACACGCUGCAGCAGAUAGAGAAUGUGGCGUCAUACGGGUUUCUGAAGAAACGGCUCGAAUCGCACGAUCUGCACAUCCACGCACUGUGGUUCGACAUCUACACGGGUGACAUUUACUACUUUAGUCGUAACUCGAAACGGUUCAUUCCGGUGGAGGAGAGCACCAUCGACCGAUUGUUGGAUGAAGUUCGGCGGUACUACUCCUGAGGGUAGUGGGCUAGUGCCAAUGUGUACGUGCACAUCAAAUUAUGUAUUUUCGUGAUUUUAGAUAGCUAUUGAUUACUCUGUAUCUGGAAAAAUACAGAGAUUCCUGUAUGCCAGAUAGGAUAGAGAACGGCUUAUGAAGUGGGGGGAGACAAGGGCCAUUUGGUAUAACAGUAUGAAAGAACAGCUCAUAUUGAAAAGAAGGGAAAAUACCCAUUAAAUAAUUAUGUUCCCUUCUUUCUAUUAUGGGCUGUUCUUUCUUAUUCCGAUGAUGUACAGCCCAAAUGGUAAAAUAUCUAUUACAUAAGUAAAGUUGUCCACAUGUAUGCCAAAUGGUCAAAUGGAGAUGAGCCAAAUCGAGUUCAAAAAGUUAUUAUUUACCCCCUGCUUGGAAUAGCACCUCCCCCUGCUAAAGCCGUCCCCUAUCCUAUGUGAUUGGAGCAAUUAGAAGUGCUUGUGCGGUGCCUUGAAUAUAUUUAGAGCUUUACAUGUUAUUGUAUUUUCAUCUUUGUUAAGUAAAAACUUAUUCAUAGGACGAACGACGAUUAACACAAAACAAUGGAAUCAUUCAACUUUUUUGUACUUUUACAACAUAUUUUUUAUGUAAUAAAUUGUUUUGCA